GAGUUUUUAAAUGUAUUUAUUCACUUUUCAAACACCUAAAUACAUUAUAUAAUUUUUUUCGGAUCAUCGAGUUGAAGAUGAAAUUCCAAAGGGAUUUAAAGAUCGAAAAUAAUAUACGCAUUACAUAAGUGGCAACAAUUUUUCUAAAAAAAAAGGUAUUAAAAAAAUAUUGCGCGCUAAAACAGGCAUCAGACAUUAUUGUCUUACUUUAGACAAAAAUAUAUACACAAUUUAAUGUUGUAGGAAUUAUUUUCUCGAUUUCAAAUAUAAUUAAUUCAUAUAGUAAUGGCUCCCCAACUGACAUCUGGAGCUAUAGACAGAAUAUUGCAGGGAGAAGAUGUGCCAAAUGCUGUUCUACAAAUACUUGGUUGCAAAAAAAUCCCAGGAACUGGUAAUGAUCGUUAUCGUUUACUUAUUUCAGAUGGAGUUAUUGGGUGUCCAUUUGCAAUGCUCGGCACUCAACUGAACCACAUGGUUACCAACAAAGAGUUAGAGAAAUUUACGGUUGUUAGAGUUGAUAAAUGUGUGUGUAAUCAGGUUCAACCUGAUCGUAAAGUUAUCAUCUUAUUAAAUUUGACAGUAUUGUGUCCCAGCCAUGAAGUCAAUGAAAAAAUAGGAAAUCCUGUAAAUGCAACUGCUGCAAAUGCAGCCCAACCAGCUCCUUCUACUGGAGCUGCUGCAACAAAUGGGAGUGCUAAGCCAUCUUAUGCAAAGGAACCACAGCAUAAUGUGUCUGAAACUUCAAUGGUUAAUGGCACUGCUGUUCACCCAAUUUCAAGUUUAACACCAUAUCAAAAUAAAUGGACUAUUAAAGUUCGAGUCACUAACAAAACACCCUUGCGUACUUAUAGUAAUGCACGUGGUGAAGGAAAACUGUUUUCUAUGAAUUUGCUCGAUGAAAGUGGGGAAAUUAAAGCAACUGCCUUCAAUGAUGCUGCUGGUAAAUAUUAUGAUUUGAUUGAAGUUGGCAAAGUGUAUUACUUAUCUAAAGCUCAGCUAAAAACCGCUGAUAAAAGGUACUCAUCUCUCAAAAAUGAAUAUGAGUUAACUUUUAACAAUGACACUACAGUCAUGCCUUGUGAAGAAUCCACUUCCAUUCCGUCACUUCGAUUCGAUUUUGUGCCCAUCGCCGAGAUCGAGCAAGUAGAAAAAGAUACGAAUAUUGACGUGAUUGGCGUUUGUAAAAGCUGCACAGAUGCUACUACUCUUAUUUCAAAGCAAGGAAAGGAAUUGGUGAAAAGAGAGGUCAAGCUUGUUGAUCGUAGUAAUAAGGAGGUUAGUUUAACUUUGUGGGGAAGUGAUGCUGAAAAGUUUGAUGGAACCUCAAAUCCUGUUAUAGCAGUCAAAGGUGCUAGAGUAUCAGAAUUCAAUGGCAGAACAUUAUCUGUAAGCAUGAGUAGUUCUAUGCAAAUAAAUCCAGAUAUAAAGGAAGCUCACAUUUUAAAAGGCUGGUUUGAAAGAGAAGGAGCCAAUAUGGAGGUUCAGUCGAUAUCUGGUAAAGGACCAUCGGGUAGUAUGGGCGGAGAUUGGAAAACAUUUGCCCAAACUGCGAGUGAACAACUUGGCAUGGGUGACAAACCUGAUUAUUAUAUAAAUAAAGCUACCAUAGUAAUGUUGAGGAAGGAAAAUUGUUUAUAUAUGGCUUGUCCUUCACAAGAAUGUAAUAAAAAAGUUGUUGAUAUGAAUAAUGGUGUCUACAGAUGUGAAAAAUGUAAUCGAGAAUACAGUGAGUUUCAAUGGCGUCUCCUGUUGUCCUUGAGUGUUGCAGAUUUUACUGAAAAUACAUGGGUAACUUGUUUCCAAGAAUCUGCAGAAGCUAUUUUGGGUGUUUCAGCCCAAGAAUUAGGAUCAUUCAAAGAAAAUGAUGAAGAAAAAUUUAAUGAAGUUCUUACUGAGGCAAAUUUCAAAUCCUAUGUCUUCAAGCUUCGCACUAAAAUGGAGACAUUCAAUGAAGAAAGUCGUCUAAAAACAACUGUAGUGACUGUUUCACCAAUUGAUCCUGUAAGUUAUACACGUAAAAUAUUAUCGGAUAUAAAGAAGUUGGAGCAAGAGAUUUAGUUGUGAAUUGUUUUAAAGUUAAAGUUUCUGUGAAGAUGUUCGGUCAAUGAAGAGUGAUCUUAAAACCUGACUGUUGCACCAAUUUAUCCUAUAAGUUGUACACAUAAAAUAUCAAAUGUUAGGAAGUUGAAGCAAGAAAUUUAGUUGGAAAUGUUUUAAAAUAAUAAUUUGCUUAAAAGUAAGCAAGGUUUUAGAGUUUAAUAUAUCAACAGUGUUAAAUUGUCUGCUACAUGAAGAUGUUAUAUGGCUUGUAUAUAGUUGAAUUUUGCAAUGAGCAUUUAAUUUUUUCUUGUUUGUUUACUUAGACUAAUGAUGCACACAAAAUCCAUAAACAAAUGUUUCUUUUUUCUUUCUAAAUCUUAUUUUUUGUUUUCUUUUAUGUUCUCAAAAUAAAUAACAUUUUUAUGUGUAUUGAAAAAAUCUAGAAAUAAAUAUUUUCUUAUGA